AUGAGCACAAACACAUACAUGGAGCAGACCGGCUAUGCAGCGCACUACGGUGCCUUGCCCGACCGAUCGACACAGAUGUUUGCAGCAGAGUCCCACGAACCGCGUGCGCCGCGUCCAUUUGAAGCGACACAUAGUGCCUCCAAUGAUCCUUACGGCUCUUCAGUAGCAGUUCAAGCUCAUCCGCAAGCAGCUGUCAUGACAGAAGGUCAGUCACCCAUGUCAAGUUACCGCGGAAGCUUCUCGCAUGCCUCUAACAUGGGUUUGCCGCAUCAUCGUCAGGACUCGAUUUCUUCCAUCUCAUCACCACACGAUGUCACAGGCGGAUGGGCGCCCUCCUCUCCAGGCUUGACCGCAAGCCGACACGCAUCCAUCUACUCACUCAACGGCCAAUUUGAUCAAGUUGGCCUGGGUAGCAGCAUCGACAGCAAUUCUACCGCCAGCCAUUUCUACGAUCAGUCGCCCCCUCUGCAUGCUCAGGUCCGUUACGCUCAGGGUCAAGCUGCAGACGCUCGCCGUUUCUCGCUCGACGAACGCGCCAUCCGCACUCAGCCUCAACUUGGCAAGUCAGGCAUAGUUUCUGCCGACUACCACGUUCCCGGCUCUUCGGGUCGUCACUGGCCCUGGGGUACUAACAAUAACUCUGCCAGCAUUCACGGCCGUCACGCUUCCGUGUCGGCAGCACCACCACAGAGCUACGACCACAGCCGCAUGACCUAUGGCGCCAACUCGAGUAUGCAGCCCGGUUACGGCUACGACGCCAAUACAAUGUCUGCCAUGUCGCCUCGCUACCGAUCCAUGAGUAGCUCAGCUGCCAGCGGUCGCGCCUACGGCAACGCGUACGGCGCUCCUGGUACCACAGCACACGCGGUUGCCGCCAUGGGUUACGGCAUGGCGCCUCAUUUGGGCCCUGGCAUGAUGCUCGAAGGCGACCUUGCUGGCGGUCCCGGUCCCGCUCGCAGAGCCAAGUUCAAGCGUAGCCGAACCGGCUGCCUCGUCUGUCGAAAGAGGAAAGUCAAGUGCAGUCAGGACGGCACUCCCUGCAAACAGUGUCGAAUCGGCAAGCGUGAUUGCCAUUACGACGAAAACCCGCAAAAGAAGAAGUCUUCAAAGAAGGAACGCUCAGGUGACUCAAUUGAUGCUGGCAGCUCGGAAAAGGGCUCCAACGGUAUCGCCCCCGCCCUUGCUCAGAUGGGGCCUGAGCAACAGCCUAACGGUCACAUGAAUUCGACGGAUUCCUACUAUGCUACUAUGGGCGCCCUGGACCACCGCACCGACUCGAGCGCCGGCAGCGCUGGCGGUGUUACCUUCUCCAUGCCCUUUUCCAACCAGCCUACGCCUGUCACGGCUCACUCGUCGACAACUGACAGCACCUGGUCCAACCCAUCUCCUUUUGCUCCUGGUCCUCACGGCGAGACUCAUCCCGAGACGCACCAGGUCGCCACUCACUCGGACGGUUACGGCUGGCCCUCCAAGCAGGAACACGAUCCUACUCCGGCGGCUUCUUACACUGAUGCCUCCGUUGAUCGUAACGCCGGUUACUGGAGUCAGCACCCCACUGCCUACCCAACUCGUACCGCUAAGCUCGAGGUCUCUGAAUUGUGA